CUCAGCCCCCAGUUCUGCUCCUCACUCUCCAGCAGUGAUGGACAUGUGGUCUACGUGCUAACUACAGGAGUUCCCUCCUCACACAGACUACCUGAUGUGCAAUCUGCUGUUCGUCUUCCUCCAUUUUCUCCGCUACCUUCCCUGAAGUUUUUUUUCCAAUCCCCUAAGAGUAAUAAUACUGAAAUAAUAGUUCUUUAAGUGCCUGAAAACGAAGAACCCCAGAACAGUACUCAGAACCAGGACUGUGGCUGACUGACAGAAAGAGAACAGUGAUAAGGACAGCGGUUAAAGGUGGAACAGAGCUUAGGAGGACCGACUCAAGGAGCACGGAAGGAGGACAGCACACCAUGCAGGGCUGCGCUACACUGACCCUGCUGCUGGUUCUGAUUCUGGCACCCGGGUCUGGAAAUGCCCGGCUGAUCCACAGGAGGGGAGACCACCCAAAGGACUACGAGUACCUGAACCAAUCCCCACUGACCCAGCACCAGAAGAGCGACCGGUGCCCACCACCCCCACAGAAGCUGCCGGAACGUGCCUGCGAGGUUCCCAGCUGCCGCUCUGACUCUGAGUGUGAGAGGCACAAGCGCUGCUGCUACAAUGGCUGCAUCUACGCCUGCCUGGAGUCCGUGCAGCCCCCGCCGGUGCUGGACUGGCUGGUUCAGCCCAAACCCCGGUGGCUAGGGGGCAACGGCUGGCUGCUGGACGGACCGGAGGAAGUGCUCCAGGGUGAGGCGGAAGCAUGCAGCACCACAGAAGAUGGCGACGAGCCCUUGCAAUGCCCCACGGGCUACGAGUGCCACAUCAUCCACCCGGGAGUACCGGCAGCCGGCAUCCCCAACCGCGGCCAGUGCAUCAAGCAGCGCGGCAGUUCCGAUGGCCGCAGCCCGAGACCCAAGCACUUCAGAGACUACAAGGAUUACACGGGGAGCAGAUCCAAUAACGCGGCAAGCUUUGAGAAACAUCAGCACAAUCAUCUGGGCUAGACGGGGCUGGACAGAUAACAGCCUGGACCAAACCUAACAGAUCCAAGAUGCAAGCAACCAAUAUCCAUGAACAAUUUUCACCUCUUUCCAAACCCUUUCAAAAGCAAAUAAACAACUGGGAUGGAGGCCAGCAGUUUUAGUAAAAGUGUCUGUCACACAUACAAUAUGUGAGUGUUCACAAGUAAAUACCCAAAGAAGCAGGUCAGGGGACUGUAAAUUAGGGCUCAUAAUACAAAACACGAGCUGCACUCUGCUGCCCAUUAAAGUUUUAGGGACACACUGCAUUUAAAACACACUCACCUAGAGGGCGCCAAAGAGCCACCUGCAUCACCUGUGUCACACUUGUGGUUGGGAAUGCAAAAUGAAACACUGGGCAGCUGAAGGGUACCAGAAAGGGGGGGGGGGUCGAGUUGCACACAGGAAAGACUCUGUGUUCUGUAAAGAAUAGAUUCUGCUUCCAUAUACAAAACACUGACAGGCAGGGGCCACUGUGGGGAUGCUAAUGCUAACCAUAACCAGUGCAUCGUCCAUUUGGGCAUUUCGGCUGUUCUUUCUGAGCGCGACAGGGUACUGUUGUCAGGAAAAUUCUGCCUCAGGCACCACAAAGCCAUCAGGGUUAAACCAGUCCAGCUUGGGGAGUUGAGAGCCCCAAGAUGAGGUACAGAAACAGAAACAGCAGCAUAAAAGUGAAAAAGCUUGGAGUUUCCCUCAGAUUGCAGCCUACCUGUACACACUGCCAUCCUCAACAGCAUAACACAGGCUGACGGUGCCGUAACACUUCCCAGUGUAUUCCAAGUAAAGUGACAUAUAGCAUCA